AUGGAAGAGGAAGUCGCUGCUCUCGUUAUCGACAAUGGUUCGGGUAUGUGCAAGGCCGGUUUCGCCGGUGACGACGCACCACGAGCUGUCUUCCCGUCCAUUGUCGGUCGUCCCCGUCACCAUGGUAUCAUGAUUGGUAUGGGCCAGAAGGACUCGUACGUUGGUGAUGAGGCACAGUCGAAGCGUGGUAUCCUCACGCUCCGCUACCCCAUCGAGCAUGGUGUCGUCACCAACUGGGAUGACAUGGAGAAGAUCUGGCACCACACCUUCUACAACGAGCUCCGUGUCGCCCCCGAGGAGCACCCCAUCCUGUUGACCGAAGCUCCCAUCAACCCCAAGUCCAACCGUGAGAAGAUGACCCAGAUCGUGUUCGAGACCUUCAACGCGCCCGCCUUCUACGUCUCCAUCCAGGCCGUGCUGUCCCUGUAUGCCUCCGGUCGUACCACCGGUAUCGUGCUCGACUCUGGUGACGGUGUUACCCACGUGGUCCCCAUCUACGAGGGUUUCUCGCUGCCCCACGCCAUCUCGCGUGUCGACAUGGCCGGUCGUGACCUGACGGACUACCUGAUGAAGAUCCUGGCGGAGCGGGGUUACAGCUUCUCCACCACCGCCGAGCGUGAAAUCGUCCGUGACAUCAAGGAGAAGCUCUGCUACGUCGCUCUUGACUUCGAGCAGGAGAUCCAGACCUCCUCGCAGAGCUCCGCCCUGGAGAAGUCCUACGAGCUGCCCGACGGCCAGGUCAUCACCAUUGGCAACGAGCGCUUCCGUGCUCCUGAGGCUCUCUUCCAGCCCAACGUCCUGGGUCUGGAGAGCGGCGGUAUCCACGUCACCACCUUCAACUCCAUCAUGAAGUGUGAUGUUGAUGUCCGUAAGGAUCUGUACGGCAACAUCGUUAUGUCUGGUGGUACCACCAUGUACCCCGGUAUCUCCGACCGUAUGCAGAAGGAGAUCACCGCGCUGGCUCCGUCGUCGAUGAAGGUCAAGAUCAUCGCUCCCCCCGAGCGCAAGUACUCCGUCUGGAUCGGUGGUUCCAUCCUGGCCUCGCUGUCGACCUUCCAGCAGAUGUGGAUCUCCAAGCAGGAGUACGACGAGAGCGGUCCCUCGAUCGUGCACCGCAAGUGCUUCUAA